AUGGACGGUAGCCUCAUUGCCAUUAUCGUACCCAAGGGUGAGCGCAAGGCUGAGUUCAUGUGUGGGAAGGGCUACUACGCCGAAAACAGCAUGUUCAUCUGCGACGCGCAUAUGUGGAUCCUGACCGUGCAUCCCAUGCGACCGGAGUCGGAUCACGACUCUUUCGUCUGGUGGACGACAUGGCUGCGCCGGCGUUUCCAGGAAGGGCCCAUCGCGAAUCCCGGUGUAUGCCUCAUCGGUGACAGCGGCUACUCCUUGCAUCCGUGGCUCUUGACCCCGGUUCCCGGCCAUCCUCCUACGCAAACAGCUGAGGGGAAGUACAACACAGCACAUGCCACCUUGCGUUCCGUAGUGGAGAGGUGUAUUGGGCUCUUGGUGAGCCAUUUCCGCUGUCUAAAGCAGUACCGCACCCUCCUCUACUAG